ACACCAGUGGGACGGACGGCGCUACCGGAAGUGUUCCCCGCCGGCUGGUUUCGCGGUGGCCGCAGGGCGGUGCGCUACAGGCACUUCCGGCCACCGGCGGCGCGGCGGGGCGAUGUGGCGAUGGCGGCUCCCGCGGCCGCUGCUGGCCCGAGGAGGUCCCGGCGCUGUCACCGUCCCCCGGGCGGGCCUCAAGAAGUACGUGCUGCCCCCGGACUACAGCGGUAUCACCUUCCCGGAGAGGACGAAGCUGAAGUUCGUGGACAAGGUCCCGGCAGUGCCCAAGGUCAGACGGGAGCCUCGGCAGCUACGUGACAUCCGCGGCCCAUCCAGGCAGGCCACCCACUUCACCCAGGGGCAGUACGGGAUCCUGGCCUUGGGGGGUGGCUACCUCCACUGGGGCCACUUCGAGAUGAUCCGCCUGACCAUCGGCCGCAGCAUGGACCCCAAGAACAUGUUUGCCAUCUGGCGUGUGCCAGCCCCCUACAAGCCAGUGACGCGGAAAAGCCUGGGGCACCGCAUGGGGGGCGGCAAGGGUCCCAUCGACCACUAUGUGACGGCAGUGAAGAGUGGGUGCCUGGUGGUGGAGGUCGGUGGGCGCUGUGAGUUCGGGGAGGUGAAACCCUUCCUCACGCAAGUGGCCAGGAAACUGCCCUUCCCUGCCAUCCCUGUCAGCCGCGACAGCCUCCAGCAGAUGCAGCAGGAGGAGGAGGAGAAGAGGCUCAACAACCAAAAUCCCUGGACCUUUGAGCGCGUCAUCACUGCCAACAUGCUAGGGAUGCGCAAGUACCUCAGCCCCUACGACCUGCAUCUAAAGGGACGCUACUGGGGCAAAUUCUUUCUGAAACACAGGGUGUAAUGAGCGGCUGGGGAGGGGGCCACCUUAAUUAAACCUUCCC